AUGCACGAUGACAAGGCCCAACCUUGCCAGUUAAGUAUAGUGAGCGUAACUAUAGAACAGGCCGCAUCAUUAGAAAAAGUAAUAAAGGAGCAACAGCAGCAGUUAGAACUGGAUCGAACUUGGGAACAGGAAAGGGAAAGGGAUAUUAAAGGCAAUGGAAGCUCAAGUCCAGUGUCUGACCACAGAACGCAAGAACACUCACCGCCACCUUCGUCCGACACGCAGAAAAAUCUCAGUGCGACGAUUCCACCUAUUCAGCAGAAUGAACCCACAAAGCUACCCCCAAAUGAAUACUCCUAUAGUCAGGCACAAACACCUGGACCGCCACUAAUGUCUUCACCCACUUCAAAUCUUCACCAUAUGCAGCAGCUCCUGCAACAGCACGUAUUAAGUCCUACGCAGCUACAGACUUUAAUGAAGCAACAUUCGAUACUGCAACAACAGCAGCAACAGCACCAACAACAUCAGUUGGCAGAAAUAGGCAAAAAACAGAUUGAACAAACUAUGCAAUCGCUUCAAGAACAGCUUCAACUGAAUCUCAUCCAACAAACACAUAUCUUACAGAGUACAGACAAGAAAAAGGCUUCAAGUUCAAUACAGCAACUAGCCCUACAACAGCAGCAACUGAUACAACAACUGCAAUUAGUCCAACGGCAGUAUGUGGUACAUCAGGGUAUGGGAAUGCAACCUCUUAUGCUGCCUCAAAGUCAAAGUCUUAACAGCAGAGAGGUGAUGAGUCCGUGGAAGGAGCUUAAUGAUCCCCAUAUGACCAACAACAAAUCCUCUUUGGAUUUAAACGGUGAGUAG